AUGGGGGAUAAGCUGACCCGUAUUGCCAUCGUCUCGGCGGACAAGUGCAAGCCGAAGAAAUGCCGUAGCGAGUGUAAAAAAUCUUGUCCUGUUGUUCGAUCAGGCAAGCUCUGCAUCGAAGUCGACAACACCUCCCGAAUCGCCUUCAUCAGCGAACGCCUCUGCAUAGGCUGCGGCAUCUGUCCCAAAAAGUGUCCCUUCGACGCUAUCAAUAUCAUCAACUUACCCACCAACCUCGAAACUCAAGUCACACAUCGUUAUUCUGCCAACAGCUUCAAGCUCCAUCGCCUGCCCAUGCCAAGACCCGGUCAGGUGUUAGGACUGGUGGGAACGAACGGUAUUGGCAAGAGUACAGCGUUGAAGAUCCUGGCGGGCAAGAUGAAGCCGAACCUGGGGCGGUACGAUAACCCGCCAGAUUGGGAGGAGAUCCUGAAGUACUUCAGGGGUUCGGAGCUGCAGAACUUCUUCAAGAAGGUCCUCGAGGAUGAUCUCAAGGCUGUUACCAAGCCACAAUACGUUGACCAGAUUCCAAAGGCGGUCAAGGGCACCAACCGCACCGUCGGCUUCCAGAUGACACAACGCUGCCAAGUUGGUGACGAGCGCCUGGAUGAGAUUGCCGAAGUCCUUGAACUAAAGCAAGUCUGGGAUCGUGAUAUCGAACUCCUGUCCGGCGGUGAAUUGCAACGUUUCGCCAUCGCCAUGGUCUGCGUCCAAAAGGCCGACGUGUACAUGUUUGACGAGCCCUCUUCCUUCCUGGAUGUCAAGCAACGUUUAGCGGCUUCACGUAUCAUCCGUAGUCUCCUUCGCCCGGACUGCUUCGUCAUUGUCGUCGAGCACGAUCUGGCUGUCCUCGACUACCUUUCCGACUACAUCUGCGUCUUGUAUGGCAAGCCGGCCGUCUAUGGUGUAGUCACGGCACCCUUCUCGGUUCGUGAAGGCAUCAAUAUCUUCCUCGAUGGCAACGUCCCGACUGAGAACUUGCGUUUCCGCGAGGAGAGUCUGCAGUUCCGUGUAGGCGAGGCAGGAGAGGAGUAUCUGACAGACAAGUCCCGUGCCUACGGCUACCCCAAGAUGCAAAAGACCCUCGGCGACUUCAACCUCAGCGUCGAGCCAGGCGAGUUCACUGACUCUGAGAUCCUUGUCCUAAUGGGUGAGAACGGUACCGGCAAGACCACCUUUUGCAAAAUGCUUGCCGGUGCAGAGAAACCAGAUGGUACACAGAAAGUACCGCAAAUGAGCAUCAGCAUGAAGCCGCAAAAGAUCACGCCCAAAUUCACCGGCACCGUCCGACAACUCUUCUUCAAGAAGAUCAAGACUGCCUUCUUGUCUCCACAAUUCCAGACAGACGUCUACAAACCACUGAAACUAGACGACUUCAUCGACCAGGAAGUCCAGAACUUGUCCGGAGGAGAGUUGCAGCGUGUCGCUAUUGUUCUAGCUCUCGGCAUGCCCGCAGACGUCUACCUCAUUGACGAGCCGUCCGCUUACCUGGACUCGGAGCAACGUAUCAUCGCCGCCCGCGUGAUCAAACGCUUCAUCAUGCACAGCAAGAAAACAGCCAUGGUCGUCGAGCACGAUUUCAUCAUGGCCACCUACCUCGCCGACCGCGUCAUCGUCUUCGAUGGCCAGCCGUCUAUCAAGGCUCGGGCGAAUAAACCCGAGAGCUUGCUCACGGGCUGCAACCGUUUCCUCAAGGCUUUGGACGUGACGUUCCGUCGUGAUCCCAACACCUUCCGUCCGAGGAUCAAUAAGCUCCAUAGUCAGCUGGAUAACGAGCAGAAGGGCAACGGGAAUUAUUUCUUCAUGGAAGAGGAGUCCUAA